CUAUUUUAAUGCAAGGAUUUACUUUCUUUAUUUAGCCAAAAGAAGAGGCUUUGAAUUCAAUUUGUCAUUUCAACAAGGUUAUGGAAUCUAUAAGAUAUCCCAUGACAACCACCACAGUGAUGGGGGCAACUCAAUAUCCUACCACAGCUUGCUCAACUGUGAUUGUGACAAUGCAAAAGGAACGCAAAGCAGCAAAAUGGAGUUCAGCACCAUUUCCCUGGUGGACAGCUCCACACUUAAAAAUGUCGCCAAUUGCAAAACCAUUGACAGCACAGACUCCAGGAAAGACUUGAGCAGGGAUAAAUUCAUAGACUGUCUGAUUUCUGAUAAAAUGUCUCAUAAAAAAGAAGAGAUCAGGAAUAUCGAAAAGGGAACUUUUUUUGAAGGACCAGAAAGACGGCUGUCUCACGAGGAGGGCCGAAAACCAGAACUCUCUGACUGGGAGUGGUGCAGAAGUAAGUCGGAAAGGACACCUCGACAGCGUUCAGGCGGUGCCUUAGCUAUUCCUCUGUGUGCAUUUCAAGGAACCGUAUCUCUCCAAGCCCCCACAGGAAAAACCCUCUCUUUAUCUACAUAUGAGGUAAGCUCAGAAGGACAAAAAAUCACACCCACAUCCAAGAAAAUUGAAGUGUAUCGCUCCAAGAGCGUGGGCCAUGAGCCAAACCCUGAGGACUCUCCAACCACAUUUACUGACACCAAUGUGAAGAUUCACCUAGAGGUGCUUGAAAUUUGUGACAAUGAAGAAGCCAUGGACACUGUUUCCAUCAUUAGUAAUAUUAGCCAAUCAUCUGCCCAGGUCCGUUCUCCAUCCUUACGUUAUUCUCGGAAGGAAAAUAGAUUUGUCUCAUGUGAUUUAGGAGAAACGGCAUCUUAUUCACUCUUCAUACCAUCAAGCAAUCCCAACAGUGAUCUGAACAUAUCCAUCCCUGACACUGUGGAAGCUCACAGGCAAAAUAGUAAAAAACAGCACAUGGAAAAAGAGGGCUAUCAGGAAGAGAUACAAAUGUUAAAUAAAGCAUACAGGAAAAGAGAAGAAGAUGGGCUUGGAAACUAA